CAAAAAUGCUCGCGUUCAACUAGUAUGCUCAUUUACCUGUUGCCGUGGUCCUUUUUCCUUUUGACAUUACCUCAUUCACGAGCUGAAAAAAUCUGCAGCCAAGUUCGUAGAAUGUCGUUCAUACCUAUCCCAGAAAAUAGCGAUUUCCCAUUGGAAAACUUACCCUAUGGUAUAUUUUCUACAGCUGAUAAGCCCCAGCAAAGAAUCGGCGUUGCUAUUGGUGAACACAUUCUUGACCUUCAUGCUGUUGCUCAUCUGUUCAAUGGACCAGAACUGAAAAACAAUCAGAAUGUUUUCCAAGAGAGUACUCUGAAUAGUUUCAUGGGAUUGGGACCAAAAGCUUGGACUGAAGCGAGGAAGACGCUGCAAGAUCUUUUGUCCACUGGCAACAAGACAAUUGAAGAUGACACUGAGUUGAGAAAAAAUGCUCUGGUCUUGCAAUCGGAAGCAACCAUGCACCUUCCAGCUAAGAUUGGUGACUACACAGAUUUCUAUUCUUCCAUCAUCCAUGCAUCAAAUGUAGGAGAAAUGUUUAGGGGGAAAGAUAAUGCUCUGAUGCCCAAUUGGAAGUAUUUGCCUGUUGGCUAUCACGGUCGUUCCUCGUCAAUUGUGAUAUCAGGAACACCGAUUCGUCGUCCCAUUGGACAAACGCGACCUAAUGACGCUGAGCCUCCCGUUUUUGACAAGUGCAAGCUUCUUGACUUUGAACUGGAGACGGCGUUUUUCGUUGGAAAAUCCAAUCCUCUUGGUAGUCCCGUUCCAGUGGCAGAAGCGGAAGACCACAUUUUUGGAAUGGUCUUGAUGAACGACUGGAGCGCUCGCGAUAUUCAAAAAUGGGAGUAUGUUCCGCUAGGACCCUUUUUAGCCAAAAACUUUGGAACAACAAUUUCUCCCUGGGUUGUUACCAUGGAAGCUUUAGAGCCCUUCAAGGUUCCCAAUUAUCUUCAAGAUCCUGAACCGUUUCCUUAUCUUAAACAUUCAGAUGACUACAAUUUUGACAUUAACCUUGAAGUGUCUAUAAAGCCUGGUGAUUCGGAGAAAGAAGCGGUCGUCAGUAGGUCAAAUUUCAAGUACAUGUACUGGACUAUGAAACAACAGUUGGCACACCAUACUGUCACUGGGUGCAAUCUUCAACCUGGCGAUCUUCUUGGUUCCGGAACAAUCAGUGGUCCGACUACUGAUGCAUUUGGAUCAAUGUUGGAGCUAAGUUGGCGUGGCACUCGGCCUGUUGAAUUGGGUGAUGGUGUUACGCGCAAGUUUAUACAAGAUGAGGACGAGGUCACUAUCAGAGGAUAUUGUAAGCGAGAUGGUCUACGCAUCGGUUUUGGCAAAUGCACGGGGAAGGUUCUUCCUGCUCUUCCCGUAUGAUUCAAGUCACAUACUCAGAGCAUUUGAUCAAAUCAAAGUGCUCUCUAGUAGUUCAUUAGAUUAUGCAUAUCAUUCAUGGUGGAAGAAAAGAUCUUUAUGUUGAAGUUGAAAAUACAUAAUUCAUUAAGCAACUUUAA